GAAGAGGGAGACUGAGAGGACCGGUUUAUUGACAACAAGAUCAGCAGCAGUCCUGGCAGCCCUUGGAUUUAUGUAUCUCAUUAAACAUGUCCGAGGACUCCCCUUGUAAUGCUCACUCCACAUACAGCCCCUCUGAAGUAAUCUAUUCCGACGAGCAAGAGGCCUUAUUGAUGGAGAAUCAAAUAAACCACUACUAUGUCCGGAAACCAAAGGACCGUUAUAAUAGCACGUACAUUAUAUUUUUCAUGUUGGGGGUCGGUUCUGCACUGCCAUGGAACUUUAUCUGCACCGCAAAACACUACUGGAUAUACAAGUUCAGGAACUGUUCAGAUACACCAAUCAUUGAACAGCCUACCGUUUCUGACUUAAGUGACUACUUUGAAAGUUAUUUUUCGAUUGCUUCUGCUGUACCAGCAGUGCCCUGUCUCGCACUGAACUUCUUCCUUGUUAACAGGGUCUCUUCCAAAGUGCGAGUUUUAUUCUCACUUGGAGUGAUGCUGCUUGCCUUCUCACUGACAACGAUUCUGGUGAAGGUCGAUACAUCCACUUGGACACAAGAGUUCUUCAUACUAACAUUGAUAUCGAUAGCCAUUGUUUGUGGAGCCGCCAACAUACUCACUGCCAGCAUAUUUGGCAUCACAGGAAGUUUCCCAAUGAAGCACUCCCAAGCUUUAAUUUCAGGUCAGGCAAUGGGCGGGACUGUCAGCGCUGUGGCAGCCAUCAUAGACCUAUCUGUGGCAUCCAGUGUGACAAACAGUGCCCUCGCUUAUUUUCUGACAGCGGAUAUUUUCAUUCUCAUAUGUAUCAUGGUAUACCUGAUUCUUCCCAAGAUGGAGUACCCCAGUUAUUAUAUGAAUAUCUCUGAACGAACACGCAGCAUUAUAUCUGACAGCACUGACCAAGCCGAUGGCAUUUCUACAUCAAAUAAGAACAACUCUCCUCCAAUAAUUCCCAUCCUCAAAAAAGUUUCCGUACUGGUCGGCUGCUUGUUCUAUACUUUUUUCAUCAGCAUUAUUAUCUUCCCAUCCAUCUCUGCUGGCAUAGAAUCGAUUGACAAGAGCUCGGGGAAUGACUGGACCAAUAAAUUAUUCACUCCCUUAACAUGUUUCCUCGUGUAUAACUUUGCCGACUGGAGUGGACGACAGAUUACAACGUGGAUCCAGUGCCCUGGACCCAACAGCAAACUCUUACCUACACUAGUUUUGCUCAGAACGUUAUUUAUCCCCAUAUUUAUGUUCUGUAAUUAUCAACCUCGGAAACACAUAUAUACAGUGAUCUUCCAAAAUGAUAUCUAUCCUAUAGUUUUCACUGCUCUUCUUGGGAUAAGCAAUGGAUACCUCGGAACUCUGUCAAUGGUGUAUGGUCCCAAGGUUGUUCCUAAGGAACUGGCUGAGGGCACAGCUGUAGUCAUGACCUUUUUUUUAAGUGUUGGUUUGGCCAUAGGAUCGGCAUUCUCUGCCCUUGUUCAACUAAUAUGAAAUGGGAAAGGGGCAACAAAAUCUAAGUUCUACACUUACACUGGAAGAUUAAUCAGCCUUAGUUUUCAUAUUCCAAGGACAUUAGUUUAUUGAUGCAUUCCUGUUAAAAACAUUAUUUAACAUUUUUAAAUAUUCUUCUAUCUUUUUUGUUGUUUUUAAAAAUAUUCUUUGUAUUUGGAAUGCAGGUGACACGUUUUAUGUCAAUGUCUGUUAAAAGAAACCAUGUAUUUUGUGGAACAAUAAUGACAAUAAGCUUCCUGCUAUUAAGCAGAUCCCGAUUUUCUUUUUUUCCCCAAGUUUGUAAUACCAUGAUCAUAUUUAGCAUGUCUCCUCCACUGUAUGGCGCUACAGAGUUAAUGGUUCAUUACAAAUAAACUAACUAUAAUAAUGUUAAUACAAAUGUUUUAUAUAAUUUACUGCAGGGAGGUUGUUACACGUUUGAAGCUCCUGUAUGUGGGUUAAUUCAUUAACCAUUAGUCAUGGAUUCCAAAGUCUAACAGGGUUAUCAUAUAUGAUGUUAUUGUCCGAAGA